AGGUUUAUAACUCGGUUUUGAUUAAGAGGACGAAACCCUAUACUGAAUUUUCUCUAUGUAAUUAAUUAAGGGGUUCGACGUUGAGCAUUUGAUGGAUAAUAAACCAAAAUCGUGUUUGCUCCACUAUGAAAAUUCUGAUUUCGACAGUGAAGUCUUCCUUUAUGCAAAGUUGGGGAUCCAUAAAUACAAUAUGUUACAGGGGACGAAUUUGAAGCUCAGUUGCAUAGAGAAAUGCAAUACACGAAGCCAUUAUAAAAUCAAUACCCUGACGGUGUCUAUUGCAAGACUUAAGUUCGAACCACCACGAGCAAACCCCGAGCAUCAUGGAUGGCUUUACGAUUGCGCCCAAGUGAGAUUGCCUGAUGAGUGGCCCUCAGAGGAUUCUUUCAAUGAUAAAAAACGAUAUUACGUGAUGAAAAAAUCGGAGCUGCGAAAACGUAACUGGAUCCGUCUAUACAUGGAACUUGCAUUCAUCCAUGCAAAUGAGGAUCUUCCAAAUCCCAAUCUAUCAAAUUUGGUUAUUAUGAAGGUAGCGGUAGAAACUGAGGAAAAUGUGAAGCCACCAAAUGAGAGACUCAAGGCCAGAAAUGCAGUUUUCUACAUACGGUACAGGUACUACCCUAAUAAGGGACGGGCUCCUAAGGGUAAUAAUGGUCACAAGCCACCCCGUGAUCGCGUUGCUAUAGUAAAAAGAACUAUGGACAUGAACAAGGGGCUCCUUAAACUCAUGUUUGAUAAUCGGUAUGCAAAAACUCUUCUGUAAGGCAUUGACUAGGCGUUAGGCAUCCUAUUAAGCUGGAGCCCUACUCUACUCCAAUUAUGAAGCUUGUAAUAUUUUAUAAGACAUGUUGUAGUUUAUGGUUAUUCUCGUCUCUUCCAAAUAUUUUUACUAAUAAGAGUUCUUGGUUUGG